ACAGUAAAAUAACUAUAUAAUGGAGUCAAAGCAGGACAAAAUAAGAAGAAUAGCAACAGGACGACUAGUGAAAUACACAGCGGAAGAAGAGAGAUGGCUCAGAGAGGAACCAAUGGAAGCAAAGUCUUUGUGACAGUGUUGUACAUGGCAGCCGUGUGCAGUUCCGUCCCCAUCGGUGACCUGUUGGACCGAGCCUCCCAGCGCUCAGACAAGCUGCACUCGCUCAGCACGACACUCACUCAGGAGCUGGACUCUCAUUUCCCUCCUAUAGGUCGAGCGAUCAUGCCCCGACCUUCAAUGUGCCACACCUCCUCUCUGCAGACACCCAAUGAUAAGGAGCAAGCUCUACAAGUAUCAGAAUCAGAUUUGUUGUCAUUGGCUCGUUCUCUGCUCAAAUCCUGGGCAGACCCCCUGGUGAUACUGUCUGUCUCUGCUAACACCUUGCCUCAUCCAGCCCAAAGCACCAUAUCAAACAAGCUCCAGGAGCUGCAGGAACACACCAAGAACCUAGGAGAUGGCCUGGAUGUCCUAUCUGGCAAGAUGGGACCAGCGGCUCAGACCGUCUCCUUCCUGCCCUACAGUGGAGGCAAUGACAUAGGCCAGGACCGGUUAUCCAAACUGGCCAACUUCCAUUUCCUCCUGUCCUGCUUCCGACGGGACUCCCACAAGAUUGAUAGCUUCCUGAAAGUCCUACGUUGCCGGGCAGCAAAGAUGCAACCAGAGAUGUGUUAGAGCAGUGCAGUCAGUUUGGAUCUGAGGGCUUUUCUGAAAGCGUAUAUUAACUAGAUUAGCACAUACUACAACCUUCCUUCCCAAACUAGCAAAUCAGUUUCAGUCAGCAUGCAAUAUUAGCUUUUAGAGGAUAAAGAUGAGGAGGGAACAGAAUUAGUUCACCCUGGAUUUUAAUUAUCUUUAGAUCUACCAUGCUCCUGUGUGACUCCUCCUCUUUUUUAUCAUUCUGUAUCCUCUUAAUGGGAAUAAACACCUUGAAGUGGUUGAAUGAUUGGGAUGUAAUGUAUGACAUCAGUUCUCUUGUACUAAUUUUUAACACAAGGUCAUCAAAUCUCCUUCUUAACUCAUGCUCGACCAAAGCUGCAACAUUUGCACUUUAGAUUCGUCUGAAAACAUGAAGAAUGCAAAGUGUAUUUAAUGAUGUUUCCUUAAACUCCAUGUCAAUAAAAAUCAUGUACUGCACGACAA